UAAAAAAAAUCUUUAAAAAUUGCAAUUUAAUUAUGCCAAAUAAGAAUCAGUGCAUCACAUUCAAACUCACAUCGGCGACGAGAGUCGCUCAAAAACCGCAAUUCCGACCACCAUAAUCUUUCAGCGUCAGUUCUCUUCAAUGGCUGCAGAUCUUCACUCUCCACUGCCCAAAUCGGCGACGGAUUUAUUUGGCGACCCUAUUGACGAUGCCCAUCCAUUAUGGCUGAACCCGUCCAAAUUCUCGGAGCCGGAAUUCGACCCGGAGUCCUACAUCUCGGAUCUCCGCACCUUCGUCCCUUUCGACACGCUGCGCUCCGAGCUCAGAUCGCAUUUGGGCGCUCUCAAACACGAGCUGGUCGAGCUGAUCAACCGCGACUAUGCCGAUUUUGUCAGCCUCAGCACCAAGCUCGUCGAUGUAGACUGUGCCGUAGUGCGUAUGCGGGCCCCGCUACUCGAGAUCAAGGAGAAGAUCUUGGCUUUCCGUGGUUCUGUUGAUGACUCGCUGGCGGCGCUCCAGAUCCGGCUCAAGCAGCGCUCUCAAGCCAACGAGGCUCGCGAAGUGCUGGAAUUGUUGCUCGACACAUUUCAUGUGGUUUCUAAGGUUGAAAAAUUGAUAAAGGAGCUGCCUACUGUUCCAGCUGAUUGGCCUAAUGGAACCAUAAACUUUACUGAAAAGGUUCAACAGAGCAAUGGUACUUCCUUUCAACAUGCUGAACAUGGUACUAACCUGAGGGAGACACAGAGCAUGCUUCUGGAGAGAAUUGCUAGUGAAAUGAACAGGCUGAAGUUUUACAUUGCUCAUGCACAGAAUAUGCCCUUCAUAGAAAACAUGGUGAAGAGGAUUCAGAAUGCUAGCUCGUUGCUGGAUACAAGUUUGGGACACUGUUUUGAAGAUGGACUGGAGCACAGGGAUGAAAAUGCAAUAUAUAAUUGCCUACGUGCAUAUGCUUCGAUUGAUAAUACCAGUAGUGCCGAGGAAAUGUUUCGCUCAAAAGUUGUUGCGCCUUUCGUGCAAAGAGUUAUCCCCCAUGGCUCAUCUAAAGCACUUGGCGGGUCUUCUGGGGAUGAGCUGCAGCAAGACUAUGAAAUGAUCAAGCGACACAUCGAAGAUGAUUGUAAAUUUUUGCUGGAAAUAUCAUUUACAGAAAAUUCAGGUCUGCACGUUUUUAGCUUUCUCACAAAUUCUAUUCUGAAAGAAGUUUUGUCAGCCAUCCAGAAAGGAAAACCGGGGGCCUUCUCUCCUGGAAGGCCCACCGAGUUCCUGAGAAACUAUAAAGCUACCCUAGAUUUUUUGGAUUACAUAGAAGGUUACUGUCCCUCUAGAUCUGCAGUUGCUAAAUUACGUGAAGAGGCAGUCUAUUUAGAGUUUGUAAAGCAAUGGAAUACUGGGGUGUAUUUCUCGUUGAGGUUUCAGGAAAUAGCUGGGGCAUUGGAUUCUGCACUUAUGGCUACUUCACUUCAACCGUCCCAGAAUUCCUCAAAACAGGAUUUUUCCCAAAGAUUAGUAUUACAGCAAAGUGUUGCUUUUAUGGAUUGCUUGAGAUCAUGUUGGAGAGAUGAUGUUCUUCUUAUUGCCUGCUCUGACAAGUUUUUACGCUUAUUUUUGCAACUUCUUUCAAGAUACUCAAACUGGUUGUCUGCUGGACUGAAUGCUCGUAAAGCUGGUAAUGCAACUGCCACCUCUGGUUCUGAAUGGGCCAUUUCUACUGCCCCAGAUGAUUUCCUCUACAUAAUUCAUGAUAUAAAUUUUCUUGUGGAAGAAAUUUGUGGUGAUUACCUUGAGCAUGUACUUGGGCUUCUCGAGCAGUGUUCCCCUGAAGUACUUGAUCUUGUGAAGCAGAGUAUUUUGCAGGGCGGAAACUCUCUCAAAGUUAUUCAACCCCGUGCAAUUAAUUCAAUUGUAGAAUCUCUAGUUGAGAAGUCUCUGGAGGAUUUGCGACAAAUGAAAGGAAUUACUGCAACAUAUAGGAUGACCAACAAACCUCCUCCUGUUCGGCAUUCACUUUAUGUAUCUGGGGUAUUGCGCCACCUAAAGGUGCAGCCAUUUCUUCAAAUAUCUGCAUCACUUUUGAAGUUUGGUUUUCAGGGUUUUUUGGAAGGAGAAAGAGCUGCUACAUACUUAACGAAGGAUGUCAAGCAGGAGCUUAUACAUGGUGCUGCUUUCGAGAUCACACGUCGAUAUUAUGAAAUAGCUUCUGAACUCGUCAGUGUGGCCCGGAAAACAGAGUCCUCUCUUCAGAAAAUUCGUUUAGGUGCACAAAGGCGAGCUGGAGCAAGUUCUGAUGUGUCGGACAAUAAUAUAUCCGAUACCGACAAGAUUUGCAUGCAGCUGUUUCUUGAUAUUCAGGAGUAUGGGCGUAACCUUAAGUACCUUGGGGUCGAUGCUGCUAACAUUGCAGAAUAUCGUUCCUUAAACAAGAUGAUGAUAUGCAUGUCUUGGAAAGAUGCAGCUGGUAAUUUGGAUGGAAGAGGAGCCAUAACUAAAAUGGGAGUAGAUAUACCGAAAUUCUUUCUUUUAGUAGCCUUUAGGUUUUCUAUCAUUUUGCUAUUUGGCUACGCGUUAGGCGACGAUAUUUUAUGGAAGUAG